AUGUAUGCAGAUUCAUUUAUUACUGAUAUGCAAAAAGGUAUUAAAGAAGAGAUUUGUGUUAGAACCUAUGAAAAGAAAAAAAGAAUAUUUAUUAAUAAUUUCUUAAUUGAUGUUUGUAUUGAAAUGGGAUAUUUAUUUAAAUCUAAAUAUUCAAGAAAAUCAAGACAAACAUUACAAUUAGAAAGAAUUCAAAAAAUUUAUAAAGAUAAUAAGAUGAUGGGUAUUAGUGAAAUCACUAAAAAAGGAAAAGCAAUUAAUAGGUAUUUGUUUACUCUUGUAUGUAAUAACAGUUCUAUUACCAUUCAAAGAAAUAAUCCAGUUUUACAUAAAUUAUUAUUUUCUGAACAAUAA